AUGAUUCGAUUAUACAUUCUUCUCUGGCUUCUACCAUGUCUCUUCCUUACCACCCCAUUCACCCAUGCGGCCCUUCUCCCUCGUCUCAAAGCUUCGUUCAGACUGCCAGGCGUAGUCUUCAGUGAACCGGUGGCUCGAUCUUUCAAGGUGGUGCCUUUCAAGGAGCUUCCUGGGGAAUCACACCAUGGUCAUGGACUUCGCCAAACUCUCGGCCUUGUGAAGAGAUUGGUUGAAGACCAGGGCGAUAUGGUUGAGGUUACCGAAAAAGCUCUUCAGGAACUUCUGGAUCAGAUAAACAAACUCCAUGAGCAGGUGAACAGCAUGAUGCCAUCUGGUGCCACGGACAAACAACCUACUCUAGGGACAGGCACUUCGUCAGGAGGCCAGUCUGGCCAGUCCGAUCAAUUACCUGCAGGUUCCUCUGAUGAGUCUACAGGUAGCGAACAGUCUAAGGAGCCUGCUCCCUCUGGCAAAGCCAGCGUUUCUAGACCAGGCGUUGCUUCGGAUCCAUCAGAAGCUCCUGUGGCUUCGGACCCUUCUCUACGCUCCCCGUUGCUGUCACAGGCAGACGCCGCCACGAUUGUCGAGUCUCAGGCUCCUGGCGCUCCAGCUCAACUACAUGUAUCGCAGAUAGAUACUGGCAGGCAGGCAAAGACUGAUCUGGCGCAGCCCGCGGCAAAUCCUACCCAGGUGAUAAACGGCGAAUCUACUAACAGCGAGCCUGAAGCUGAAAGGCUGUCUGGCAACAGCGCUGCCGUGACACUGCCUGAGGGUGCAGGUGCUUCUGGAAAGGGGGACGUCGUGAAAUCAGGUGGCCGUUCCAAGAAUGCUGUUGCUCAACCGACUGGUGAAGUUCAGGCUUCGACGGGAACACAACUCAACACAGCACAAGAUGUCAAACCAACAGAAGAAGGAAAGGCCAAAGAUCCUCGUAUCUCAUCUGCCAAGCAGGCUCCUGAGGCUAGCAGUACUGCGCCUGGGCGGGCAUUUGUAGAAUAUCCCGAUGAUGUUGUCCAGGCGGUCACGACCAAUGUCAGCUUUGGUGGGCAGACUAGUACUCCAGCAACUAAAGAGACCCAGAGGCCAUCUGGUGCCAAAGAUGAUGAGUGUGUUGACGAGGUAAGUAAUCUACCCUUCAUAAGUCGAAACCCUAACUGCACACCAGGUGGUAGGAUCGAAUCCGCGAGCGAGCCAGCACAAGAUACCACGAUAACUGUCGUCCUCGUACCUACUCCAGAAGAAGAUUCUUCCAAGGCUUCUGCAACGGAAUCCGGGACACAGAUAACAGAAGACUCCCCUGCAACUGCCAAGGCCGAGGGAGCGGCUCCAGCUUUAGAGACAGAAGCCACCUCCACCCCGGACAUCAACGCUGGAGAUUCUCAGCAGCUUGCAGCACCAACCCUACUCUCAAAUCCAUCUGCUGUUUCUAGACCUGGGCCGACAGCGUUGAGCCUUAGAACUCUUGUUUUCACAUCAGUCCUCACAAGGUCUUCAACCAUCCUAGCAACUACUGUACGCACGGAGUUUGUUAAUGCAAAUCAACCCACUGCAUCAUUGAAAGCCCCCGGCCAUGUUUUCGAAGAAGACGAAGAUACAGGCACGAAUGCAGCGUUCAAUAAGGGUGGAAAGCUUGCUUUGGAGGAGAGUGUCAAUAAGGAAAGCACACCAGAAACUCUUAGGGGAACUCCUCUCGCGUUAGAGACAAAAGCCAUUCUGACUACAACAACGACCACCAUCAGUUUGAGCCAUGUUGAUGUCAUGACAACCCCUGAACCCAGCCAAGAGGCUCGGUCUAUUUCUUCACCUUCAUCUCAUGAUGCUGGAGGCAUCAACGAGACGUUCCAUGCAACACCAAACAGUGGAUUCAGAACAAUUCCGAGGUCAUCAGCUAGUCUGGCAGAGAGAGCAUAG